ACGGACGCAUGGGGUCGUGAACGUAAGAGCAAAACACAAAAACCGAGAAGGAAAAUUUUCAUCCAACCCACGAGCAAAGAAAAAAAAAGUAAUCCUGUAGUUCGAAGAUUCUGAACUAUAUAUCGAGAGGAGUUCGAGUUCACGAGUGAAAGUACCUUCGGUUUAAAAAUAUUUUCCGCGGGUGUGGAAAACCAGACGAACGAACGAACAGAUAGCGUUUUAAUACCGAAGAAGCAGUAAUAAACCGCCCAAAAAUGGCACUCAAUUGUGGAUUGUCAACGAUCAAAUACGUACUGUUUGUGUUCAACCUGCUGUGCUCGCUAUGCGGUAUCGCACUGGUGGUGAUUGGCGGUGUCUCGCUGGCCAAAAUCUCUGAACUGCAGGACAUCAGCACUGAACACAACAUCGUGGCACCAUCGAUCCUGUUCAUCGUGCUCGGAUCGAUCGUAUUCGUGAUUGCCUUCUUCGGAUGCUGCGGCGCUAUUCGGGAAUCGUACUGCAUGACCACGACCUAUGGCUUCUUCUUGAUGAUUUUGAUCAUUGCCCAAAUUGUGAUUGCUGUCCUGGUCUUUGUCUACGUGGGAGAUGCCCGUGAAGCCUUCAAGAAGGGAUUCGCUAGAGUGUUCGAUGAACGUGACCGUCCGCCCAAUGCUGAACUAAUCAAUACCAUCCAGGCGAACCUUGAAUGUUGCGGUAAGAGUUCGGCUCUGGACUGGUUGGGCAACAUGCCACAGUCGUGCUGCAAAGCUGGAACCGCUCCACUGUGCAUUCCCUUCACCUCCGGUUGCCAAGCUCGCCUCGGAGAGUUCAUCGAUAAUGCUGGAGACGUCCUCGGAUGGGUUUCGCUAGGUGUGGCCGCCGUUGAACUGAUCGGUCUGAUCGCUGCCUGCUGCCUGGCCAACGGAAUUCGCAACCAAGCGAGAAGGUCUGGCUAUUAAUUCUACGCGCGUUAACACAGACUAACCAGUUCCAUCAAUCUAGAGUAGUCCUACGCACUAAUGAUUCUUAUUUACAUACAUACACUGAUAAGCAACAACUAAUAAAACAUCACCAAUGGGUCAGAACAACAA